CUGGAUACUAGUCUGAUUCAUUUCCGCUGAGCCAUGACAGGAACUUGUCUGAAUACUAGACUCUUCUCUGAUGUGUGAUUUGCAAAUAUUUUUUCUCCAUUCUGAGUGUUACCUUUUUACCUUCUUUUUUCCACUCUGUGAGUCAUUUAUUUAUGCAUCUCCCUCCACAUGGACAUUUGAAACUAUUUCCUGUUUGGGUGCAUUAAAGACAAUUUAACUCCAAACAUACAUACACAUAUCUUUUGUCGCACAUGUGAAGACAUUUUUGAGGGUUGACAACAUUCCCAAGACCAAGGAGGCAGCUUUAUUAGUGUUCUUAAUAGUCAUAUACUCAAUUCUAAAAGAUCCACGUCCACGAGGGUCGCACUGGCUGUGUGAGCCCAGAUGGCAAGGUGCAGGCUAUGAGGCCACCCAUUUUGUUCAAGAUCGUGAAAGGCAGGGUUUAUUAAAAGACAUUUUUCUUUUUCUUUCAAACUUCCUGAGAUAGACCUGAGCCUAAAAAUCAGGACAAUAAUUUGAAUCAGGCUUAUGGAAAUAGGGACGCCAGACCUAGGAAGUGAAAGACCAAAAGCAGCAAUAAUUCUGCUGUUGAUGACAUUUAAUAAAAGGUAUGUAUGGUGAGCAUUCUUGUCAUAUUUCUUCUAUAAACACACCCUGAAAUACUGAAAUAAAUAUUUGUCCAGGAAAACAUUUAGGAUUAAGGUUAAUUCUUCGGUGCGUGAAUUUUUUUUUUCUUUUUUGGCCAUCCCACGGCACAUGGACUUCCCAGGGCCAGGGAUCAGAUCUGAGCCGCAGCUGUAGCAAUGCUGGACCCUUAACCCACUGUGCCAGGCCAAGGAUCGAACCUGUGUUCCAGUGCUGCAGCAGUGCCUCUGAUCCCAUGGCACCACAGCAAGAACUCCAGUGUGCAGAAUUUUGUCAUGUUGAUGGCAUCCACUUUUUUUCUUUUGUUGCUUUGCUUUUGGUGGGUAGGAAGUGGUAUCUCACUGCGGCUUGGGUUUGCAUUCUCGUGUCUAAGAAUCCACUGCCAAACCUGAGGUCAUGAAGAUUUAACCCUCUUUUACCUUCUAAGCGCUUUAUAGUUUUAGUUCUUCCAUUUAGAAGCUGUGAUCCAUUUAGAGUCAAUUUUUUAAGUGGUGUGAUGGAAGGGUCCAGCUUCCUUCUCUUGCAUCUGGCUGCCCCAUUGUCACCGUACCAUUCGUUGAAGAGAUUCUUCUCUCCCCCAUUGAGCGGUCUUGACGCCCUUGUGGAAACAUCCGUUGCUCACAGAUGUACGGGUUUAUUUCUGGACUCUCAGUUCGAUUCCACUGCACGUGUUUUGAGUGUCAUCUGGGCAUGAGCUUUGUGCUGCUCUCAGGGCGUGUUUGGCCCAGUAGGAGAGGACACCUUCCUAAAUCACCAGAAACCGGGAAGUGCUAGGAAGAGGCAAAAAGUGUUGCUGAGGAUGCCAAGGAGGGAACCUUUGCUCCAGGCUAGGCCUGUGAUAUGGAUUGGGGAGCAGGAGGAGGGCUGCCCGGAGGCGGUGUGGCUUUGGACACACGGAAGGAUGCCAAGUGUUUCUGCUGGACUCGAGACAGAUUUGGCAGGUGGCAUAGAGCCUGGGGAUGGCCACACACUCCCAGGUGAUGAUGCCAGGAUUGAUGUGCCAGUGUCUGAGCAGAGCUGGGCUUUGCAGGGCCCUUCCAGUGGCAGAGUAGGCUGGGUUGGGUGGGAGACGCUGGUGGCAGGGGAACCACUUAGGAUCGUGGGGAGGCUGAGGUCUGGGUGCUCACCUGGGUCGGGCCGUGGGAAUGGUGGGGAGCAGGGGCUAUCCACGACCUGCGGGCAUAGAUGGGGUCACAGCAGCCCUUGAGCCCUUGCUGCUCACCUCCCGAUCGUUGCGCCAAAUCCCAGCCACGGGCUGCCUGCUCUGGGAAAGCCACGCAGCAGCUCUGCUCCAGCCCAGGUGGCCCCAGGCCUUCUCAGAACUCCUGUUGGGCCAAUUCCUAUGGGUCUUGGUUUCUGGGAACUCCUGGCAUGCUCUUCAGUGCUGGGUGGAUGCGCCCUGGCUGAUUGCUUCCAGCAGGUGCCACGUGCUGCAGCCAGGGGCAGAGAGGGUGACAGUGCCAGGGUCCAGCUCUGUGGCCUUGAGCGAGUGGCCAUACCUUUCCAGCGUGGGGUCCCGAGCCUCUUCUCUGGAAGGGGAGGAUGGUCACGCCAUGCUCUUGAGAUGGCGAUGAAUUUCACAGGCCAGCCUGUGACCCGCACCUGGCAGGUCGGCGGGGCCCUGUUAUGUCCCGCUUCCCCUUCCGGGUUAGGUCUCCCCGGGCGGCUGAGCAUGCGCAGAGACACUGUGACGCGCGAGCUCCUCCUGAAAGCCCCCUGGACACCUGCCGACGAAGUGCUGGUGGUUCUUUCUGGCCGGUUCCCUGCUCCUCUCCUCCAUACCAAGCCAUGUUCUCCCUCUCAGGUGUCCCCCCCUCGUCCCAACCUUGCUUGAGGCUUGGGCAGUCAUUGGUGAUGGGCACCCUCACCUCUGCAGGGUCUGAGGCUCUGCCAGGGGAACAGGGAGUGUGCAGAGGAGUUGACAGCUGGCACCUGGGCAUCACGUGCUUCACCUUGGAGCUGGAACAGAGAUCCGUCUGUUUGCGUUUCCAUGAACGAGAGGGGACAGCUGGCCGCAGAUAGCAGCGAGGUCAGCGGGGUUGCCUUGGCUGCCGGCCUUAAGCAAACAGCCCGGGCCAGGGUCCCCCCCGCCCAGCCCAAGGGAAGAGGGAGGAGGGAGGUUGAAGGGCCUGGCAGAGCCGGCGCCCUGGCAGGGUCGUCAGAGGCUGCUGUUCCUGGGACCUGAGCACAUGGAGGACCCGCCCGUCAGCACACCUGAGGUUUGGAUGUGACUGCGCACCCUGGCUGGGCGCCCCCAAGCCAUGGCCGACACCAUCUUCGGCAGCGGGAGUGACCAGUGGGUCUGCCCCAAUGAUCGACAGCUCGCCCUGCGAGCCAAGCUGCAGACGGGCUGGUCUGUGCACACCUACCAGACAGAGAAGCAGAGGAAGAGCCAGUGCCUCAGCCCGGCCGAGGUGGAGGCCAUCCUGCAGGUCAUCCAGAGGGCCGAGCGGCUCGACGUCCUGGAGCAGCAGAGAAUCGGGCGGCUGGUGGAGCGUCUGGAGACCAUGAGGCACGGUGUGAUGGGGAAUGGCCUCUCCCAGUGUCUGCUCUGUGGGGAGGUGCUGGGCUUCCUGGGCAGCUCAUCGGUGUUCUGCAAAGACUGCAGGAAGAAAGUCUGCACCAAAUGUGGGAUCGAGGCCUCCCCCGGCCAGAAGCGGCCCCUGUGGCUGUGUAAGAUCUGCAGUGAGCAGAGAGAGGUCUGGAAGAGGUCGGGGGCCUGGUUCUACAAAGGGAUCCCCAAGUACAUCCUGCCCCUGAAGACCCCCGGCCAGGCCAGUCACCCCCACUUCCAACCGCUGCCUGUGGAGCCGACCGAGCCAGAGCCCAGAAGCACUGAGACCAGCCGCGUCUACACGUGGGCCCGAGGGAGAGUGGUAUCCAGCGACAGUGACAGUGACUCUGAUCUCAGCUCCUCCAGCCUGGAGAACAGACUUCCAGCUCCUGGGACCAGGGACCCAAAAGGAGACAAACCCUGGGGGGAAUCAGGUGGCAGCAUGGAGUCCCCCAAGAUCGGGCCCUCCCGCCCACCCAGCCACCUCUCAGGGAGCCAGAGCAGCCUGGCCAGUGAGGCCGGGACGGGAGCAGCAGACCCACAGGUGGGGACCCCCCCCUGGCCAGACCCAAAGGGCCCUGGCAAAAGGCACACCUGGGCGAGUCCCCGCUGCUGAUGUGGCCUCCGACAGUCCCCUCCACCUGCCAGGCAGAGAUGGGCUUGGUGCGCAGGGUGGACUCUCCAGUGGAAGAACUCAAGAGAGGGAAAAAAGCUGGAGCUGGACCCUUCCAGGCUCCUUCCUGCCCCAGUCCCGGGGCCUCAGCCGCCAGCCCUGUCGGACGUGACCUCUGAUGCAACAAACCAGUGUUCGGCGGGGGGGCUGAAUCCGCUUCCCCCACCCAGUGCCUUUCUGCACCCCCUACCCGGCUGCACCCUACCCAGCCGCUCACUCAGCCUGACCUUAAUUUAUUGCCCCCCACCACCACCACCACUGCAUCUACCCCAGGUUCAUUUAAAGUUGGCUGCCUUGGACUGGAAGAGCCUUCAGACCCCCCCCCCCCCGCCCGAGGGGCCUCCCCACAUGCACUGCAAUUUCAGCCUUUGUGAUCAUGCAAGGAGAAAUCCCGCCCUGCACGCAGACCCUUCACCCCCAAGCAGGUGGGGUGAGAGACGCCCCCUUCCCGGGGGGGAGCUGCGACCUCCGGCAGCCCAGGAGCUGCUGCUGAAGCUGGCUCUCUGCUGGGUUUCCUGGAAGCCCCCCUUGGCCUCCCAGCUUCUGCUCAGCCUCUCCCCCAGGCCUGGUGGAGGCAGGAAGGCUCUGGUGAGCACUGAUUUCCCUCACUGCCAGCGGCCUUCCGCUGAGGCCCCCGCUGGGGCUCGGGUUGGCAGAAAUAUUUCAUUCAAAGGGCAGGCAGAUGUGUCUGGAAAACCCUUCCCUGAGGAGAGAGCACAUGUGUGUGUGGGGGGGGGCCCACACCCUCCCAGCCAUCCUGCCCACCCCAUAUCUGGUCCUUGAAGGGCCUUCCUCUCCAGGCUCUCGAGCCCCCACGGUUAGCGCUUUAGCCCUCAUCACUGGCAGACUAUUUCAAAAAAAAAAAAAAAAAAAGUCCUCACUGUUUCCCUGUGACGAGUUAUGCUUCAGAAUAAAAACAAUAUUAGAAUUUGCA